AUGAACACUUUGAUACCGUCCUUUUUGAACCUGGAGCUGCUGCUCUUUGUAGUGGCAUCUGCAAAGUUAUUCACUGAACCCCAGGAGGGCAGCCUUGCUGGAGGAACAUGGAUCACCCUGACAUUGGAUGGUCUGACAUCUCCCCAGUUACAGUUCAUGUACUCCACCAAUGGGUCUUUGCUGGAAGUGUCCCUAGUGAAUCCCAUUCUGCCUCCAGUACGGUGUGAUGUCCAUCCUGUAUAUUUCGAUGUAUCCAUCAUCAGAUGCAAAACGAGGUCCUCGCAGCAGGAGGGGCUGUACCAGCUGGAGGUGAUUGCCAAUGGGCAGGUGAUAAGCAACCUGGGUGGGAUGCCUUGUGACAACUGCACUUUCAAGUUUUCUAUUGCACAGACACCUGUGGUUUACCAAAUUAAUCCACCAUCUGGAGUCCCAGGAAACGUAAUACAAGUCUGCGGGCAGAUCAUUGCUGGAAGAUAUGAAACCAUUGACUUUAAUGUUGACUAUAUUGAUGGCCCUGUUAUCCUCGAGGCGGAAGGAGAUGGAUGGAUCAGCCUCUGUUCUUUUGCCAACAAGCAAACGAGAAGCAUCUAUCCCAUUCAGAUGGAUCAUGGAACAGGGACCUUACAGUGCCGUGUAGAAGGCAGCUAUAUUGGUUCGCAGAACAUUAGCUUUUCAGUGUUUAACAAAGGAAAGUCGAUGGUACACAAGGAUGCUUGGCUCAUCAGUGCCAAACAGGAGCUUUUCUUGUAUCAGACAUUCUCAGAGAUAGCAUCUGUGUUUCCAGUCUCGGGAAGCCUAGGAGGAGGAAGUGACCUCACGAUCACAGGAGACUUCUUUGACCAGCCCGUGCAGGUCACAGUUGCAGGUGUUCCCUGUGAAAUCAAGCACUGUUCUCCCCGGAAGAUUAGCUGCACUACUGGACCCAUUGAUGAAACCAGAAGACUUGUUGCACCCCAAGCAGGAAACAGAGGGCUUCUCUUUGAAGUCUGGGAUGAUGCAGCAGGCACUGAUCUAACUGAAACAGCCCCUGGAUAUAGAUGGCAGAUUGUUCCUAAUGCCAGCUCUCCAGAAAGAUUUCUCUCUCAGGCACAGCAGUCAUUCAGCUCACGACUACGUGGAUUCUUUGUGGCACCACAGACAAAUAAUUACACCUUCUGGAUUCAGGCAGAUGGCAGGGCUUCCUUGCACCUAAGCCUUUCAGAAGACCCAGGAAAAAAGGUGAAAGUUGCCUUUAUUCCUGCUGGUGCUUCUGAAUGGUCUGAGCACUGGGAGAAGAACUGGAGCAAGAGUUGGCAGCCAAAAUCCCAGAAAUUUGAGCUGAUGCGUGGCUCAAAGUACUACCUGGAAGCGCUGCAUCAUGGGAAGGCACCAAGCAGUGGGAUGCGAGUUGGGGUUCAGCUGCACAACACCUGGCUAAACCCUGAUGUGGUGAAUACCUAUCGCAGAGAGAGGCACGAAAUCCGGGCCAGUGCCCACCGGCUUCCGGAGAUACAGAUGCUGACUUUAUCCGGCACAGGAUGGUUCCGUAUUUCCUGGGACAAUGUAUCCAGCAACAUGAUGGCAACAAAUGCUACAGCUGAUCAGGUCCAAACAGUGAUCGAGGAGCUUCUUUCAGUAAAAUGUGAAACUGAGCCACUGUCUGCUAAAUUCCUUCUCCGGAAUGGAUUUGAGGAAGGCCAGAGAGACUCUGCCACUGAGGGACAUGUUGCCAGCUGGACAGAACCCUUUUGUGGAAGGUUCAGUAUUCACAGGCCAAAACAUCUUGUAAAAAUGUCUCCAUCUACUUUACCAAGAUACAACCUCACUGAGUACACACAUGUGUGCUUUGCAUAUAAAGGUUACGUGAGCGAUACCCUUUAUGUUUCGGUGUCCUAUAUCAACACCUUUCUAAAUACAGUGAAGAAGAAUCUUACUUGCCUGUGGAGUCUGAAUGAGACCAGCCCAGAAAGCUGGAAGUUCACGUGUGCUGAUCUCUGGAGGGGCUGUGUGAAUGGCUCUGAAUCCCUCCGGGACCUUGAAGCCAACUCACCGGUGUUUGUGCAUCAGAUCGACAUGCUGAUCCCUGAGAGAGAGGAGGAGACAUCUAGCUGGUUUUACCUUGAUGAAAUUAUCAUCUCAGAUAGAAACGUAGCUGUUUUUCAAAGAGAUCCCAGACCAGCUCGUCCGGGUGGAAAUGUUAUCCAAGAAGUGUCUGUGGUGGGGUCUCCCUCAACCUACAACGUGUCCUUUCUGGUGGCUGGCUGUGGCAGCAAUCUCCCUCUUCUGUCACCGAGCAGGGGAGCUUUGCCCUCGGAGGGCUCAGAAGAGGAUCACCUGGCUGUGUCCACGGAAGGUGCAAAUGUCAGUCUGACAGUUCAGAGACUGCAAGCUGCAUCUCCACCCAUUGGCGGGACUUUCCGGAUCCUGCUGCCCAAUACAGUGAUAUCAGGUGUCCCGGUGCACGUCUCCUCCCAUCACCUCCGUGAGCUCCUGCAAAGCAACUCUGAUAACUCCACAGGCCAGUACCUCAACGCCAGUGAUUUCACUGUGACCAAGGACGUGAGCACUUGUAACCAAAAUGUAUGGACACUGACCUGGAACUCCAUGACUGGUGACUUGCCCAUUGUUAUUGAUGUCUCUGCUGAAAACCUCACAGGACUUAACCCAACCAUUGCAGCUCGUGUGGUUUAUGAUGGCGGUGUAUUUAUUGGACCAAUAUUUGGGGACAUGCUAGCUACCGCCAAUAACCACACGCAGGUGGUGGUGGUGGUGAAUGAUGUUCCAGCUAACUGCUCUGGUUCAUGUCCCUUUCAGUAUUCUCAGGAAGCAACCCCUUUAGUCAGCCAUGUGGAGUAUUCACUAGCUGAUGGACUCCACACCAGAGUUUAUAUCACAGGGUCUGGCUUUGCUGAGGACAGCCAAGCACUGCAGAUAAAGGUGAACCACACAACCUGCCAAGUCACGACUUCAAAUCAAACGGCUAUAGUUUGCUGGAUGAACGUGUUACCAAUGGGACUGUACCAGGUUACAUUACUGGUGAGACCUUAUGGCUUUGCUCGCAAUGCCAGCAAAGGACGAGGCAUCUACCUGAGAGUUAAGCCCAGGCUGGAAGCUAUUGAACCUCCAACAGCUUCCGAGAUUGGAGGGUGCUCAGUGAUCCUCCGAGGGACUGGUUUUGACGGGAUAAGCGAGGUGUUGUUUGGAUCUCACUCUUGUCCAAUUAAUACCAACACCAGCAACGCAGUGAGGAUUGAAUGUGAAGUUCCCUCUCGGGGGGAUGAAGAAUAUGCUGUCCCUGUGACACUAACCACUGGGUCCCAGUCUGCCACGUUCACUGAGGUGUUUAAGUACGAUCCUUCUUUAAAUCCAGCUGUUGUAUCACUGAGCAGAAACAGAAGCAGCACAGCAGGGCCCCAGUCACUCCAGAUUGGAAUAUCUUCAUUCGCAAAUUGUACUGGCCUGGAUGUACAGGUGAAAAUUGAGGACACUGUGGCACAGAUCCAAGCACGAACAGCCUAUGGCGUCGAUGUAGUACUGCCUGCAAUGGCAGAUGGAUGGUACAACCUUUCGGUCAUCAUCAAUGGCAUUGCAAUCGGCUCACAUGGAGUUGAUCCGUUCAUCCAGUACAACACUGAAAUCCUCAGCAUAGAGCCCUGCUGUGGCUCCGUUCUGGGUGGAACAAUCCUCACAAUCUCUGGAAAAGGCUUUAGCCAAAACCCUACCCUGGUUUCAGUCUUUAUAGGCACGCAAACCUGUGAUGUUACCCGCUUGGUGGAAGAAACAAUAUGGUGCCAGACCCCACCGGCUGCUGACUUCUCUAAUAUAGAGUCCCAGGACAUCUCUGUACUUGUGGGGGUGUUCAUUGGUAACAGAUCCUCUCCACUCCUUCCCUCCUGGAGCUUCCCAAAGAGGAAUAUCACCUUUACUUACCAGAUGGCUUUGACUCCGGUAGUUACCUCUGUGGAAGUAAAAAUGAUGAAUGAUAGCCUGUGGCUGGACAUAGAAGGAAUAAAUAUAACUGGUUCAGUGGCUAAGCUGGGAGACUCUGAAUGUGAGCUGGAGUUUCAAUCCGACAAUGAAUCCACAACCCUUUCUCAAUGCUCCUUCCCACUGAGCACUCUGGAACCUGGAAUCUAUCCCAUCAGAGUUCUCCAGAAGCAGCUGGGCUAUGCCAACGUGACGGCAGCACUGCAGAACUUUACAUUAGUCCCAGAGGUAAAGGCCAUAAUUCCAUCACAAGGUUCAGCUUGUGGUGGGCUGUUGUUCACUAUAUCCGGUCUUGCUCUAAAAUCCAGGAGGAAUUCAGUUCGUGUGAGCCUGACGGGUAACUAUACUUGUGAGAUCCACAGUGUGGAUUACAACAGGAUCAGCUGUGCUCUUCUUCCAAGGGAACCUCCUCUGGAUGACUGGUGGUUGCCUGAUGCAUCUCAAGCCCUUAAUGUCACAGUGACGGUAAAUGGAAUCCAGAGUGUCUGCCUCACAGACUGUGCACUCCACCUUCUGAAAGAGUGGACCCCUAAGGUAGAUGCUGUAGUCUGGGAGAUCAAUGGGACAUUGUCAUCUCUGCUGAUCAGAGGCCAGAGAUUAGCUUUGGCAACUGAUGAACUUGUGAUACAAGUGGACAACCGUGACCCUUGUAACGUAACUUUCUGGAAUGAGACCAGCAUACAAUGCCAGACAGGCAGCCUUUCCCCAGGGGAGCACAGCCUUUCUGUGUCCAACAGAAGAAGCGGGCAUGCUUGCUUCAGCAGGGACUCCCGUAUCUUCACCGUCAUUCCUUGGGUGCUCAAAUUUUACCCCCAAAAUUUCAGUACCAAUGGUGGGGGCCUUCUUGCCAUACAAGGGGCAGCACUGAAAGGAAGGAACAGCACUUCCGUUCUUGUUGGGAACCGACCCUGCCUCAUUACAGAUGUCAGCUAUGUGGUUCUCCGGUGCUCUGUUCCUCUGGGCAAUGGGAUCCAUGCUUUAGCUCUAGAAAUAGAUGGCAUCUUGUACCACCUUGGUGAAAUAAGUUACAGUGAAGAGUUCACCCCCAUUUUCCUUUUCCUUCUGCCUCCGGUGGGUCUCCUUUUAACAAUGACCGUGUCACGGAUCACGGGGGUGGAAAGCAUGCACAUUUCCAUUGGGGACUCCCCCUGCACCAACAUCACUGGCAAUCACACCACUUUGCAAUGCUCGGCUCCCCGGCUUCCUGCUGGAGAAUACCGGGUCCUCGGCGGCGACUUCCUCCGAGGCUGGGCUUCGUCAAACUUGACAUUCACCUCUCAGUUUACUGUCACAUCGACACGCAACAACUGGGGUGGCCUGGGUGGAGGGGCAGUGCACAUGCACGGCACUGGGUUUGCUCCAGGAAACACCUCCAUAACCAUCUGUGGCGCUCCCUGUGAAAUGCUAGGUGACACCACGACGACCGAUGUGAGCUGCCUGGCCCCGCGCUUGGACGCGUCCUUGGCCGUUCUCUGUGGCCUGACCCAUCCUUCAGAAGACUGCAAAGGAGCUGGGACCACAUACAUCCAGUGUGACGUCCAUAUCACAGCAGGAGCGUACAGCCUAGCAGGAGCCAGGCCUUACAUAUACCUGUGUGACGACGACUCUCUGCUGGAUAACAGGACAAAAGUCAACUCACCCCAGGCGCUUUUUGCUGGCCUCUUUUUCAGCCCUAAAGUGGAAAGAGAUGAAGUUCUCAUCUAUAAUAGCUCCUGUAACAUUACCAUGGAAACUGAGGCAGAGAUGGAGUGUGAGGGAGCUAAUCAGCCAAUUACCGCCAAGAUUACUGAGAUACGGAAAAACUGGGGCCAGAACACUCAGAGGCACCUACCCCUCCAAUUCUGCGGCCGAUGGUCUAAGAACUCCAGCUGGCUUGAUGGGCACCUGCCACAAGAUGGCGCUAAUGUCACGGUAGAAAGAGGCCAGACGCUGCUGCUGGAUACCACCACUGGCAUCCUCAACUUGCUGCAUGUCAAAGGUGGCAAGCUCUUGUUGGCUGGCCCUGGACCCAUAGAAAUCCAUGCUCAUUAUAUUCUGGUAUCCGAUGGCGGCAAAUUCCAGGUGGGGUCCCCAGAUAAACCUCUCCGUGACAAAGCACACAUCCAUCUCUAUGGAAGCUUUCAUUCUGCAACCUUCUUUCCAUAUGGGGCCAAAUUCCUGGCUGUGAGGAACGGGACCGUUUCCAUGCAUGGUUGGGUGCCAGAAGUGGUGUUCACACACCUGAAGUCAGCAGCUUGCGUUAAUGACUCUAGGAUAUUCCUAGAGGAGCCUGUCAACUGGCAGCCUGGGGAUGAAGUUAUUGUGAGUGGAACCGGUCCUGGAGAUACGUAUCGGCAAGAGGAAAUUGUCACAAUUGAGGCAGUGAACAACACUGAACUCUACCUUAGAUCACCUCUCAGGUACCCUCACAGCUCUGGAGAAGAGUGGGUGCAUGGGCAGCGCUUUGCUCUGAAAGCUGUUGUGGCAUUGCUUAGCAGGAGAAUUGUUGUCCGAGGAAACCUCACCAGAGAGAGGAUGUCCCACCUAAGGGAGUGUGCUGAAGCAGGUGUGUCAGGAGAUGCCUCGGCAUGUCUGUACAAGAGGAGCGAGAGGAUGCUAGGAUCCCGGGAUAUGGGGGCCGUUGUUAUUGUGCAGGCUUUCCAGGGUGAGGACAGUCACAUCCAUUUGGAAGGUGUUCAAUUCCAGCACGUGGGCCAAGCAUUCCAGCAGCAACUGAGCGCACUGACCAUUGCCGGGGAUGCCCGUAUGACUGAUUCUUACAUUUGCAGUUGCUCUGUGUGGGAUUCCUUUGGUCGGGGACUCAGUCUGUCAAGGACCUCAGAGCUAAGAGUGGACAAUAAUGUUUUCUAUAACAUUUUAGGUCAUGGGAUUCUACUGGGAGGGUGGUUGGAACAGGGGAAUAGAGUCAGGCACAACACAGUGAUUGGACUUUCUGGAACUGAUGGACUUUCCAACAUAGAAACGUUAUCACCAGCAGGGAUCUACAUCAGGGCUCCUGCUAACCAGAUAGAGGCUAAUACAGUGUGUGCCGCUGGUUAUGGCUAUUUCUUUCAUCUCUCGCCUGAGGGACCGUCACAAACUCCUCUUCUCGCCUUCAGUAAGAACACAGCCCAUUCCUGCACAAGGUAUGGUCUCCUGGUGUAUCCAGAAUACCAGCCCAAACGUGCAGAUGGCCUGGGCCCAGUUCUGUUCCAGAGCUUCACAGCCUGGAGAAAUCAAGGCGGUGCUCAGAUUUUUAGCAGCCGCAACCUGGAACUCCGAAAUUUCCAGAUCUAUGCUUGCAAAGAUUUUGGAAUUGACAUCGUAGAAAGCCUUGGAAGCACCACUGUUGCUAACAGCUUAUUACUUGGACACCUUGGUCAAAAGGACAGUAGCUGUAUGUCAGCAGGGCUGAAAACGCCCCAAAGGCACGAACUGUUGGUUUCCAAUACAUCUUUCAUGAACUUCGAUAUUAGCACCUGCACUGCAAUCAGCACCUGUUCUGGCUGUUACCAAGGCCAGGGUGGAUUUACAGUGAGAGCUGAACAGUUGGCAUUCCUGAAUUCACCCAACCAGGCAUCAUUCCCGUUUCCCCAUUCGGCCAUCCUCGAAGAUCUGGAUGGGUCCCUCACAGGACAGGAAGGAAGUCACCUUCUUGCUUCUAUGGACACACUUGCAGCUUCCUGCGUGGCCAGUGCUAACUUCAGUCACGCUGCUAGGGGGAGUGUUUGUGGAAGGAACGUUAUUUUUCACCGUAUGUCUAUUGGUUUAAAAGAGGCUCCAGACUUUCCUUAUAAUUUAACCGUGACUGAUAGUAAUAAUAAGACAACCAUAGUCCAUUACGUCUCUGAUACUUUAUCAAACCCCUAUGGUUGGAUGGCUCUGCUCUUGGACCAGGAGACUUACACUCUGACUUUUGGUAACCCUUUUGUCAGCAAACAACUGCAGUACUCGGCUACGUUCGAUAACUUCAUUGCUGGGAAUUACUUACUGGUGGAACAUGAGAACCUCCCAUCUUAUGUUGAGGUCAUGGUGUUCUGUGGGACAAGGCCUGGUCAGCUACUCCAGUCACUUCCUUCACAUGAUCAGAACAAGGGCUGUGACUGGUUUUUCAACAGCAAAUUGGGGAAGCUAACCUAUUUAGUUACAGGUGAAGACCUAGUCCAAGUAACACUCAAAGGAGAAGAAAGAAUCCCUCUACCUGCACCAGCUCCAGUUUCUCCUCCUGACAUCAUUUUGAAAUGGUCAUUCCCUGAAUCAUGGAGUGGAGUGAAAAAAGGCUGGGGUGGAUACAACCACAGCAUUCCCGCCCCUGGUGAGGAUGUCAUCAUCUUGCCUAACAGGACCAUCCUGGUGGAUACAACUCUUCCUCCUCUGAGAGGUCUCUAUAUACUGGGGACUCUGGAAUUCCCAGUCAACUCCAGCAAUGUCCUUAGUGCCACCUGUAUAGUGGUUGCAGGUGGUGAAUUGAAAGUGGGUACUUUUCAACAUCCCCUAGAAAGAGGAAUGAAGCUAUUGAUCCUUCUUCGGGCAUCUGAGGGAGUUUAUUGUGAUCGUUUGGAUGGAAUCAGUGUCCACCCAGGAACUUUUGGGGUUUAUGGGAAGGUGCAGAUUCAUAGUGCUUAUCCUAGGAAAUCCUGGACACAUCUUGGAAGUGACAUUGCACCUGGCAAUGAAAGGAUUUGGGUCGAGGAUGAAGUGGACUGGAGUCCUGGUGGAAACAUUGUCAUCAGUUCCUCCUCCUAUGACGCUCACCAAGCUGAGGUGGUCACCCUUAAAGAAAUAAAUGGUCACAGCAUUAGAUUCCAGGAACGUCUCCUCCACAGGCAUAUUGGGCGUUCCCAUAGCAUAGAAGAUGGCAGACGUGUUCCGUUGGCUGCUGAGGUUGGGCUCCUAACACGCAACAUACAGAUUAAGUCAGACAUGGCUUGCUCUGGGAGGCUUCUGGUGGGACGCUUCAGAAAUACCAGUGGAACGGAAUUUGCAGGUGACCUUCGGCUCUCAAACAUUGAAAUUCUGAACUUUGGACCAUCACAGCUUCCUGCCAUUGGCUUCAGUAACAUAGCUUUGGGAUCCUCAAUUAUCUCUUCCAGCAUUCACCAUAGCUGUGGGGGUGGCAUUCAAGCAGUGACAAGCAGUGGAAUCUCAUUGCGUGACAACGUGGUGUUCAACACGGUUGGCCCUGGCUUUGACUUGGAAGGCCAAACCCAUUCUCUCAUCAGGAACCUUAUCAUUCUCAGCAAGCAGCCAGAGGGGUUACCAGACUGGGUUGCUGGCAUCAAAGUGAACAAAAUAGAUGGCUCUUACCUGCUUGGCAAUGUCGUGGCAGGUUCGGAGCGUAUAGCCUUCCACAUCAGAGGUCAUGAAUGCUUCCUAGCUGGAGAGUAUUGUGCUGAAAAUGUGGCCCAUUCAAGCCUUCAUGGUGUUCAUUUAUACAGAGGAGAUGGGUUUCAAAACUGCACCAGAAUCACUGGUUUUCUGUCCUACAAGAAUUACGACUAUGGAGUCAUGUUCCAGCUUGAAAGCAGUGUAGUGAUGGACAAUAUGAUGCUAGUAGACAAUGCUGUGGGUGUUCUGCCAGUGGUGUACAGCCCAUCUGCUAAGCAGUAUUGUUUGGGGAAAAAAUACAUAGAACUUAGAAACUCUGUCAUUAUUGCAACAAGCUCAACUUUUGACUGCAUUAAAGACAGGAUCAUGCCCCUUUCAGCUAACUUGACUUCCAGGGAUCGAGCUCCAUAUUAUCCUCAGAGAGGUCGCAUUGGGAUUCUGUGGCCUUCAUUUGCCUCUGAACCAAGCCAGCGGCCUGAUAAUCCAUGGCACAAAAUAAGAAAUUAUGCAGCAGUAUCAGGGAUCAUGAAGCUACAAGAAGUCACCUUUACUGGUUUUACGAAGAGUUGCUAUAGUGACGACAGAGAUGUCUGCAUUAUGUCAAAUCCUGACAGCGUGGGCAUCAUGUACCCAAUCACAGCAGAGAUGACAAGGAUGUUACGUGUCCAUGAGCAGAAUAAGUUCUACUUUCAUACACUGGAAACAAGUAUCAAUGGAUCCAAGGACUUUGAAUAUCUUGAGAUGAGAUGUGAAGGCUCAAGAAAGGCUCUCUUCAAGGAUCUGGAUGGAAGUGCCCUGGGCCUACAGCCACCUGUGUCAGUUUUCCCAAAGUCUAAGUCUGAAUGGACAGAGUCCUGUUUGCAUGCUGGCAUUUACAGAGAAGACACAAAGUGCAUCUACAGGCCCUCUACGCAAGGCUACUUCUGCAAAGACACAGACCAUGCACUCGUGAUCCUAGAAAGCUUGGACACUGAAGCAGACGGAAGGAGGUCGUCUCCAGUGGUAUCGGUGACUGGCAGUUUUGUGGAGGCUUUCAGUAGUGGAGUUUCACGUGUAUCUUGCUGUCCUUCAGAACAUCCACCAGCUUUCUAUUCGGUCUUGCCAUCCAACAAGCUGACUAAGGUUUGCUUCACUGGUCUAACGCCUCCGAGCUUAAGACUCCGCCUCAUCAGUGGUCAAAAUUCUACCAGACUUCUCAUAGCCAUCUUCUACGAUGAACCCCGUAGCCUUCACGUUUUCAUGAACGGGAAUUACAUUCCACUAGCCUCAUCUUCUUCCAGCGCUUUCUUAACUAACGCCAUGGCAGGCGCCCACUCCUUCAGCUUUGAGAGCAACCUUCUCUACAUCCUCCUUCAUGGAGAUGACCCCAUAGAAAUAUACACCAGCUUUUCCCUUCACGCUGCUUUUACCAUUGCUGAGACCAUUGGAGAGGAGGGUCAGAGAAAGGUGGUCCAUUGCCUGGCUGAUUUCUUGCAGAUUGGACGGGACUAUGUCAGAAUAGUUCAGAGUGUGUCAGGGAGCGAGAGCACGUUAAAGGUUAUCUCAGACAAUGCUGGCAAGAGGACACGUGAGUGCCCUUCCAUGACACCUUGUACAGCCUUUUCUAGCAGGGCUGGCUGGGAGAAAACCCAGACAGGAGCAGCAAGCGUUUGGGUUCUGCAGUCUUCUCAUGCGGCUACCCCAUUGAGAGUGCUGAUCAUUGAAAUUGGAGAGCCACCAGGCCUUUUCAGAAAUAAGCUUGUUCCCUCCUUGUUGAGCGACAGGUUGAAGAGCUUGGCCAGCACUGUUAUCAACGCUCAGCAGACUGGGGAUCUUCAGCGUGUCCUGGAGUUACCAAUUGAUACUUUAAUGGUGACACAGUCUGCUUUGUCAUCGCCACUAGGGGGCAGUGCUGGAAAUGGAAGCAGUCUAACUCCUGGAGGCUGCCUGUAUGUGAGGCCCUAUAAUAUCUCUGUCCUGGUACAGCCCUCUGAUGGAGAAAUGGAGAAAGAGCUUCCUGAACAGCCACAAAUUAUUUUUUUGGAUAAGCAGGGUCGGAGAGUUGAGGCAUUAGGUCUGCCCUCAGAGCCAUGGGUCAUGACAGCCUGUCUCAAGGGCUCUUCGGAGGCUGUGUUGAAAGGGCACACCAGAGUAGAGGUUCGAGAUGGACGGGCUAGCUUUACGAACCUGGCAAUCUCCAAUUCAGGCUCAAACUGGUACCUCAUUUUCACUGUUAUUUCACCUCCAGGUGCUGACUUCACUGUUGAGUCCCAGCCAUUUACCAUCUUCCCUAUCCCCAAGGGAGAGAAAUCCAUCACGGUCCUUGCUGCUGUGCUGGGCUCAGUGGCUUCAGUGCUAGUUAUGGGUCUUCUUGUAUUCUGCUGCUCCAAGAAAAACAAAAGUUUCAAAACAAAGAUUGAACAGGCUAAUGUACCACAAGCAAAGAGCAAUAUGAAAUCCUCCCAGAUCCCGCCACAGCAGCGUUCAACUCGUGCCAAUCUGCACCAGGCCCGGGAAGAGAACAAAAGAGACAUUGCUGGGAUAGAAGGAGAUACGGAAGCAAAUGGAGUACCAGGAAACACAGCGAGACAGAUAAAGGAGUUGCACCAAGAGACGGUUAAAGCCAUGUCAAUGCGGAAGAUAAGUACUGUUGAACAUAAAAGGAAGAGUAGAGAGAACUUAUCCAUGACUAGGAAACAUGACAGCAGACGUCCAUUACAUGGAAGAACAGCUCUGUGGGGUUCUCUGGAACUUCAGCAGCAUGGCGCCAAGGAGUUCUGUGACUGGAAGGAUACCCAUCAGCAGCUGUUUGCUUGCACCCGCGGAAAAGAGAUGGGAGGAGGGGAACCUGUGCCCCAGAAUGUGAACAGAGAGAGGCAGGAGACUGCUGUGGGAUCUUGA